AGGUGGAUGUCACAGAAAUCUUUCUGCGCUCCAUCAGUAGCAGUUUACACACAUCUCUGCACACUGACUGCAGCACCCCACCAAGCACAAUGACGACAGCUUUACAAAUAGAACCUCCUCUUUACUCCUACCUCACACCAGACGGUCCCCCUGUUUACGACAGCCCAGUAGACCCUCCCUUACACCCUCCCAAAUGUCCUCCCUUACAGCCUCCCCUACACCCACCGCAGAGCGCCUCCACCGCCUUGCCAGUGUACACCAGCGGAGGAGGCACACUUGGAUCAGGUGCCGAACCUGGAGCUGCCAAAGCGACCUUUGUAAUCGACCAACGUGAGCUGGGGCGCGAACCCGCCAUGACGACGUGCACCCACUGCCAGCAGCAGGUCAUGACCAACAUCUCAUUCAAAGCAGGACAGUUUGCCUGGAUAAUCUGCACAAUGAUCAUCGUCUUCGGGCUACUCAUGUGCCUCGUCCCCAUGGUGCUGCUUCCAAUUCCUUUCUGCGCAAAAAGGUGCAAGGAUGUGCACCACACAUGCCCCCUCUGCGACAGAGUGCUGCACGUUUCACAGAGACGAUGCUGUGAAGAACCAUGACGGCAGAGGUGGAGUCACAGAAAUGAGAAAUAACAUCCCAUUACUUUUGUCUUAUACAAGAUACUUAAAAUACAAUGUGCCAAAUUCUUUGAAUAUUUAAAAUCCUUCUUUGGUCGUCUCUGUGCCGGGCUAACAUCUGCAGGUAGUUCACUGUGAAAUAUUUGUUGUAUUUUUUGGUCUAGCUCGUUGAAAAUAAUCUUCCUUUUUCCUGAUACAAUAUCAGUGUAUACGUCUCCUGGAUAAAACUGAGUAUGCUUGCACUUCUGUUUUUUUUUUACUAUUUCAUGACAUUAUUUUCCCAAUAAAAGUAGACUAUAUGUAUGAUUUACUCUGCUAUGAUUCUGUUUAGUUCUGCCUUUUUUCUUGCCCCCCUCCAGACUAGAGAGAUCAGACAUGACGGUGAAGUUGGUGGUUCGUUUCUACAAAGCAGAUGUUGCAGCCGUCCCAGCAGGAAAUGAACCAGACUCCAUUGAGAAAAACAGUAAUUUUAGCACGCUGCACAUAGAAGCUGCUGGGGUAUCUCUGCUUCGAUCAGUUCGUUAGUUUGUGUUAUUGUGUGACUGUGGUGAAUCUGAAGUAACCCCUUUAUAUGCCAGAGUCACACUAACACAAACAAAUUAACUGAUCAAGGCAGUGGUCGACCAGCAGCUCCUGUGUUCAGUGAUGUUAAAUCACUGUUUUUCUCAGUGGAUUCUGGCCUUAAAUAGUGAAAUAAUGCGGCACAUCACUCCCUGUAACACACUGAAUAGUUUUUACUUUUGUAUAGAUUAAACAAACUACACAUAACUUGUUAAUUAGGGAGCGUUAGAGAUGCUGGUUGGAAGAAUUUGGUACCCUAAGGGCUCAUUUAUGCUCAAUGUCCUGAGACCCAGACUUUUGUUUGGUAAACUUUUUUAAUUCUCCUAGCUAUUUGGGAUCAGUAGGACCUGAUAAGUAUAAAAACUCAACAUCAUCAAUGAUAAUUAAGUCCCAAUGUCCUCAAUUGAGACGAUAACGUGCCAGUGUCUCCAAACAAGUACUUCCUGAUUAAGUGUCUUAACUUGCUACUGUUGCUAAAAUUGGUCAAAAUUGUUGCCAUAUCAAACUACAAACAUUAUUAAUCUGAA